CUCAUGUAUUGCACAAUCUAUUGGAAAUUAUUUUUUAAACUGUUCCAAAAAGCGAUUUUUAUUUCACCACCAAACAAUCCACAAAGCUUAGAACCAUGGGUAAUUGGUUUAACAAAUCAUACCAGAAUACUGUUAAAUGUAAUGUUUGUGAAACCAUCGAUGCUGACAAUCAUUGCAAUACCUGUUUGUUUAAUCUUUGUCAAGAUUGCGUUCAUGAUCAUUUCAAAAACAGAUUGAGUAAAAGAAGGAAAUAUAAACAUGACAUUGUGGCUUUUUCACAGAAACAAACCAUGAUACAAUCCCCAGUAUGUCAACAACAUAAGUUUGUGAGAUGCAUGAGAUUUUGCAAACAAUGUCAAAUACCCGUAUGUCAAGAAUGUGGAUUAACUGGCGAUCAUCAAAGUCACAUAACACUGAAUCUUUCCAGUUACAUCAAUGAUCGAUACCAUGAAAUAAAUAAACAUAAUGCUAAUUUGGAGAGUAAAGUUAUACCAGAAUUUAAACAGAACAUUUCAAGGAUAGAGAACGCAAUCUCUGACACCACAACUGCCUAUGACGAACUGAAUAAAUCUAUCCAGAAUCAUAGAGAAAAUUGUCACAGAAAUAUUGAUGACAUUUUUGACAGAUAUCAGAGCGAGGCAGAUGAUAUAAGGAAAGAAGAUAUAUCUGCACUGUAUAGUUAUCAAUCACAUGAUAAUACAUGUUUAACACAAUCAUAUUUUAUUUUACAAAGAAAUAGAGAUAUUUUGAAUUCAGCAGAUAUUAACGAAGUUGUCAAUUAUCGUCACAAAAAAGGAGACAAUAUUUCUGAAUUUGAAAUUGAACACCCUAACUUUGAAACGAAACCCGUUGAUUGGAAGAAGUUAUACUUCGAAAAGAUUGUACCCACUAAAGCAUGUAACUUACCGGGAGAUCAGUUUUGGGUUUGUGGACAGGACAAUAUGAUUGCGCGCAUAAAUAUGAAUGGAGAAGUUCUAGAAACAGUUGGCCUGCCAAGAAGUGAACAUGCAAAUGACAUUUCUAGUACAAACAACGGGGAAUUAAUCUUCACAGAAGGGAACUCUGGCAAGGUUACCAUCAUUAAAGAAGGAAGGACAGAAACUUAUAUAGACGUAGGUCCUCAGUGGUACCCGAGGGGUCUACAUUGUACAAAAUCAGGGGAUGUUUUAGUUACCAUGUCUGAUAACAGUUAUACGAAUUAUAAAAUCGUCCGGUACACAGAUGGAAAAAGAGCUCAAGAAAUUCAAAAUUAUGAUAAUGGAAAACCUUUGUUUCAUCCCGGUCUCGGAAUUUUAUUUGUAACCGAGAACAAAAAUGGAGACAUUUGUGUUUCAGAUACGAAUGGACGCGUAAUAAUUGUUUUAAACGAAUUCGGAAAUUUCAAAUUUAAUUACAACUCUUCCAAGGCAUUUUGUGAUUAUUCACAAUUAACAGCGUUUGAACCAGGAUGUAUAGUAACAAACAGUAGGUGUCAAAUGUUUUUCACUGUACAAAACUUGAUAUUUGUCGUCAAUCAUAAAGGACACUUUGUACAGUGUAUUGAUAAUUGCCACCUGACAAUGGCGUCUGCUCUGUGUUUGGACUACACGGAAAGAAUUUGUGUCGGAGAGUUUGAUAAAACCAAUUUGAAAAUCAUUAAGCACAGAUAAUCAACAAAAUUUCAAUAAAACAAUUGAUUUUA